CUUCUAUGGAGCAAUAUGUCUAGCAAUUUGCUAAUGUUCUGUAUGAAUUACAGCUGGUGUCGAGGAGCAAGCAUCGGUUGGCACAGUGACGAUAAUAGACCUUACCUUAAACAACGGGAUUUCGCGGCAGUGUGUUAUUUAAAUAGUUAUGAUGCGGAUUUCAAGGGUGGUAUCUUUCACUUCAAGGAUGGAGAACCUGCAGACAUUGAGCCUAUGGCUGGGGAUGUUAUCAUGUACACGGCUGAUGACCAAAAUAUACAUUCUGUUGAUGAGAUUACUGAAGGGGAGCGAAUUACACUAACUCUGUGGUUCAGCCGUGAUGCGUCUCAUGACGAAGAUUCUAAACUCAUCUCAGCUCUCUCACAAGCUUUAUUGGGUGUUAUGGAUAGAAAGUUGCUUUCAUAUUUGCCCGUGCCAGGAUCCAUCAAUAUGUACUGGUUUCCACCUGACGAAGCUUCGAGUUUCUUGUCCGGAUUUGAUAUUCGCUGCGGCAGAUUGCAUAUUCUUGGAUUUGAUAUCCUUCCAUUUCAAGAGACUAGCCAUUUAUCAGCAUCAGAUUCAUCUUGCAACUUACUGGAGUUACUGUCAGGGCCACUACUUUUAGCACGAGAAAGCGAAUUGUUCGAGACCCAAUUUCUUAAUAUAAUGCAUGCACUUCAGUUGGUGCAGUUCUAUCAUUGGAAGUUCUCCAGUUUAAAGACAAAAGUCGAAGGAACAACUCCAACUCCUACUCAAACUCCAAAUGUAAUUCCAGUUUCCCUGAAUCAAAAAACAGAAAUAGGUCAUCUUAAAUCUGCGUUUCUGAAGGAUCUUCAACUGGCGGAAGGUUUCUUUAGAAAUUCGAGACCCAUCAAGGAAAUGGAUUAUGAAUUUAACUGGCUUACUUUUUCAGCUGCAGUUUCUGAAUGGGAAUGUUAUGUUUUUAAGUUACAGAAGGAACUGCUUCUGCAUUUGCCUCAUUGGAGAACUAAUCAGUCCAUCUUUUGUGUUCCAUUAGGACAUGUUGAGGAAUGAAUCUGGUUAUACAUAUUUUUUGGUUUAACUUCAUCUACAGAUUUCAUAGAGAUGGCCAUGUUGGCUUACUUCUUGUCUUUGGUCAAA